AGAGUAGGCAAAGUGUCAGUUCUCUCCAGAGAGCAGAGUCAGGGAUCUCCCCAGCACAGACACUGGGACAGAGAAGGCUCCUUAGAGCUCCACCAUGUCUGCACCUGCCUCCUGGCCCCAGCGUCCCUGUCCUGUCCUGCUGCUGACCCUCCUGCUGGGACUCACAGGAGCGGCUGCACAGGAGCUGCAGGUGAUCCAGCCUGAGAAGUCAGUGUCUGUCGCUGCUGGACAGUCAGCCACUUUGUACUGCUCCAAGACCUCCCUGCUCCCUGUGGGGCCUAUGCAUUGGUUUAAGGGGUCAGGGCCGGGCCGGGAGCUGAUCUACAACUUCAAAGAAGGCCACUUCCCCCGAGUCACAAAUCUCUCAGAUGCCACAAAGAGGGACAACAGGGACUUUUCCAUCCGCAUCAGUAAUGUCACCCCAGCAGACACCGGCACCUACUACUGUGUGAAGUUCCAGAAAUCGACCCCUGUUGAUAAGGAGUAUAAGUCUGGACCAGGCACCCAGUUGUCUGUGCGAGCCAGACCCUCUUCCCCUGUGGUGUCGGGUCCUGAGACGAGGGCGGCACCUGGGCAGAUGGUGAGCUUCACCUGCAAGUCCCACGGCUUCUUCCCCCAGAACAUCACCCUGAAGUGGUUCAAAAAUAGGAAUGAGCUCUCGCACACCCAGACCAGCGUGCACCCCACAGGAGAAAGUGUGUCCUACAGUGUGUCCAGCACAGCCCAGGUGACCCUGGCCCCUGGAGACAUCUACUCUCAGGUCAUCUGCAAAGUGGCCCAUUUCACCUUGGAGGGGGGCCCUCCUCUUCAUGGGAUUGUCAACUUGUCUGACACCAUCCAAGUUCCACCCACCGUGGAGGUCACCCCCCUGCCCACCAUGGCAGGGAACCUGGUGAACAUCAUCUGCCAGGUAAUGCAGUUCUACCCCCAGAGCCUACAGCUGACCUGGGUGGAGAAUGGAAAUGUGUCCAGGAAAGAAACAGCCUCGACCCGCUCAGAGAACAAGGACGGGACCUUCAACCUGAUGAGCUGGCUGCUGGUCAACACCUCUGUGCACAGGGAGGACGUGACGUUCACCUGCCGGGUGGAGCAUGACGCACAGCCAGCCACCACCAGGAACUACACCCUGCAGGUCUCUUCAAGCUUCAGGGAGCAAGGAACAGUGAUGUCUACACUAGUUUCACACCUCAUAGGUCUGUUGUUUGGCCCCAAGAUCCUACUGACAGUCGGUGUCUCUGCCGUCUACAUCCACAGGAAGCAGAAGCCCUGACUAUCCUUCCUCACUCCCUGCUACCUGGGACCCUCCGUCUCUGCCACCUUCUUCCUGCUCCACGGUGCUCAGCCUGAGACAAGGAGCUGCCAAGAAGCCUCUGUAGACUGUUCCAAAUGCCUCCUCCCAGGACACCAGCCAGCCCACAGGCCCCUGUUGCUCCUCUGCCCAGUCCUCGAUGCCCCAUGGCUAAGCCUGAACUCAUGGUCCUGAGCAGGGCCCUGGGACCUGCCUCUGAGCAGUACUCAUCAGACCUCUCCAGAAUGUGACAAGCAAGCCCCACCUGACCACGUGAGGAUGCCUCUCCUCCAUUGCCUUGGGCUUGGCCAUCAAGCACCCCAAGUCCUCACUCUCAAGAGUCAUUCAGCAAUCUUUUUCCUGCCUAUGACUUCUCCCCAGCCUUGUUGAGGUUCUCACAUGAAACUCAUUCUGUUGAAUAUGAAAAAUUAUUCUCCUUCCUCUUUACCUAAGUGUCCUAUGCCUCAAACCCAGAAAGAAAAAGGUUCUCCUUAAACCCAGUGAUUGUCUUCCUUAGCACUUAUGAACAUCAGCAUUGUCCUAUAAAGGCAGUCUUCUCUCUCCCUGGAAGAGCAGGAUUGUCAAAAUGACCAUGCAAACUGAAACCAAAACCCUGGGAAGCCAUCUCCAUAGUAAUCAUGAAAAUAAUGAUGGUUCUUCCACCUUUUCACCCGUUUGUCACAAUAUGAAAGACACAAAAUAUCAGUUAAAUGUCAGUUUAAACAUAUAGGGAAAUGAAAACCAUAAUAAAAAGAAGACAUAGUGCCCAGUCCUUUGAAACAUUAGAAGCACUGAGUGUUAGUGUUUUGUUUCUUUAUAAAAGCUUACCCAGAGGAAUUUCA